AUCCAUUCGACAUACCUAUCACUACAGUGGAUGAGAGAAUCGUUGCUUCAUAACUGCAAAGAAUAUUGUCAAAUGCAUCAAGCAGUAAACGUAUAUAUCAUCAACUGUUAUCUCAUAUCAAAAGAAGCGUCAAUGUACCCUGGCAUCCAAUGGUAUACCACCCGGUAACAGUGUGUGUAACAUGGAAGGUGAGCUGCAGAACUAGUCACCAAGGUAAUAUACUCAUGUUACAAGUAAUAAUGGAAUCCCUAAUGUAAUAAACAUUCGCAAAUGUGUGCAGGUUACAUAUACCAUUGGCACUAGGCAGGGCUUUUAUUGAGCCAUUCGCCAGGAACACGCCUUCAUAAGAACCCUGCCAAGCGUAGUGAUACCACCAGACUCAGUGCCGGAGAUCCAGUAAACGGUCCCUGAAUGACAGCACCCUCCGAGACAUAGAAGUGCGGCUGUGCUUGAAGCAGGUUCCAGGGUUUACCAUGAGAGAGAUUGUCCACAUACAGGUUGGCCAGUGCGGCAAUCGGAUAGGUUCCAAGUUCUGGGAGGAGAUUGCUGAGGAGCAUGGCCUCGACCCGACGGGCGCCUACCAAGGGACGGACGACCGUCAGCUGGACCAAAUCAAUGUAUACUUUAACGAGGUGCGAGUUCCAGCUGCCAAGUAUGUUCCAAGAGCCAUACUACUAGACCUGGAACCCGGAUUGAUUGAUUCGAUAUUGUCAGGCCCCUUUGGUUCCCUCUUUCGACCGGACAACUUCCUGUGUGGCCAAUACGGUACGGGGAACAAUUGGGCUAAAGGCUACUACACGGAGGGAGCCGAAUUGGUCGACAUGGCCAUGGAUGUUGUCAGGCUAGAGUGUGAGAGUUGCGACAGUCUGCAGGGAUUCCAGCUAACUCAUUCCUUAGGAGGGGGGACAGGAUCGGGGAUGGGAAUGCUACUCAUGCGCAAGAUAAGGGAGGAAUAUUCCAACAGGAUCAUCAGCACGUACUCUGUGAUGCCAUCUAAUAAGGUAUCUAACACUAUAGUGGAGCCCUACAAUGCAACAUUGUCAGUCAACGAACUUGUUGAGAACACUGAUGCGACCUUCUGCAUUGACAACGAAGCUCUGUAUGAUAUCUGCUCCAGGAACCUCAAACUGACCAAACCUACCUACGGUGACCUCAACCAUCUUGUCUCCGCAACUAUGUCUGGCGUCACAACUAGCCUCCGUUUUCCCGGUCAACUGAACGCUGAUCUCCGCAAAUUAGCAGUCAACUUGGUCCCCUUUCCUCGUCUUCACUUCUUCAUCCCCGGAUUUGCCCCCCUUACGACCAGAGGAGGGGAGCAGUACCAAGCCUUGACUGUUCCAGAACUCACACAGCAGAUGUUCGACUCCAGAAACAUGAUGGCUGCCUGUGAUCCGAGUCACGGUCGCUACCUCGCAGUUGCAGCGAUAUUCCGGGGUAAGAUGUCCAUGAAGGAGGUUGACGAGCAGAUGCUCAACGUCCAGAACAAGUACAGCUCCCACUUUGUUGAAUGGAUCCCAAACAAUGUGAAAACGGCCGUUUGUGACAUUCCUCCAAAUGGGUUGAAGAUGUCGUCAACCUUUGUUGGCAACAGUACUGCCAUACAAGAAGUCUUCAAGCGUAUCUCUGAGCAGUUUUCGGCUUUGUUCAGACGCAAGGCUUUCCUCCACUGGUACUUUGGCGAGGGGAUGCAUGAAAUGGAAUUCACUGAAGCCGAGUCUAACAUGAACGACUUGGUCUCUGAGUAUCAACAGUGCCAGGAUGCUACAACCGAGAAUGGCUACGAAUACGGGGAGGGGGGAUUUGAGGAGGAGGGUGAGGAGUGAUGUCCCCAUUCUCUUUACGUUAAAGAGGCAACUGCACUCAAUUCUCCGUCGGGUAUCUUUCUUGCUUUCAGGGUCCACUGUACAAUUUGUGAUGGUUAAUGUUCAUAUACAUAUUUAUGUUGUGUCUUGUCUGGAAUGAGUCAUUCUGAAAUGUACAUUUUGGGUAGAUUUAAGUGUGUCUUAUUGCGGUUGAAGUUAUGGUUGUCUAAGAUGUGGUUGUGUUAAAUGGAACAGUCAGGGGUCUCACCAUCUUCCCUGUAUAGAGUUUAUAGAGUUUAGAAUCUUCAAUUAGGCAACACUGUUUCGAUGCAUUUUUUAUAUCGAGUGGCUUUUAUUCUUUCUUCUAGAUGUAACACUCGUGUGUUUUCUAGUUUUGUAAUUGUACGUUUUUCUAAAGUGAGCGAAUAAGUUAUUUCGAAAAUUCCGGCAGUAAAUAACGUAAAUUUAAAAAAACCUCAUACCACUCUACAGCUCUCCCAGAGAUUAUUCAAUGAAUAUGUCAACGGACAACCAGGACACUUCAGCUAAUCUCAAUCACUGACAAUACAUAACAACACAGUCUCCAAAGGAGACCCUUCUGUCAUACUGAUUAAUAAGAAGUACUCGAACCGUUUCCUCCGCUGAAGAGUAAGCGAUAUGAACAGAUGUCCAUGACCGGAUGAACCUUGCAUCCACAUCAGGAAAUCCUGCACAGUGUUCACUGACAAAACUGACACUUCCUGGGUGAUUCUGCAAGCGUUUUACUCUGCACCCAAGUGUUGAUAUGUUUUCAAGUGUAUAUCGAGACCUACUCUUAAAAUACAAUGUCGUGUUGCUAUGGUGACUUCAUGUGUCACGCCUUUCCGGGCAUGACAGAUGAACUAGUUUCUGACCAAUGACAAACAAGAAGCCAAAAGUGCCUGAAGGUAUGUACGGACAACGGACGAUGUGAUGUAUAGAUGACAAUGUGUGCGAGAGCUAGUAUCAAGACUCACACUAUUAAAUAUACUUUCUUUUGAUGACGCUAUUAAUUAUACCUUCCUGAUGCACGUUAUAUAGCUAAUUACUUGACAGCGAUUGUUUUACACAAUAUACAGCUUCAUGUAAAAACCAACAUAGAAAAUGUAUUUUAUAAAAUGUUCACAUACAGACACUUGCAUAUUUGCCCUAACAAAGCCACAUAUUGCCUCUAUCACCGUUAAUGUCUUAAUGAUAAUGCAUCUGCUUGCAGAAAACACAUGCAAUGUGCAUCUUAUGUUUUAAGAUAUAAUGGUUUCGUGUAUUUUAUAUUUUUUAUAUGCAGCCUUCCUUUUACAAGUUGCAUGGUGACGGUGAUUUCAUUUUCAAUAAACAAUGUAUCUGAACGUGUUA